GGGAACCUGGUGGUCAUGUGGAUUAUCCUGGCCCACAAGAGGAUGAGGACAGUGACCAACUACUUCUUGGUCAACCUGGCUUUCGCCGAGGUCUCAAUGGCUGCCUUCAAUACGGUCAUCAACUUCGUCUACGGCAUCCACAACGAGUGGUACUUCGGCCUUGGUUACUGCCGCUUCCACAACUUUUUCCCCAUCACUGCCAUGUUCGCAAGCAUUUACUCAAUGACAGCUAUCGCCCUGGAUAGGUACAUGGCUAUCAUUCAUCCACUGAAACCAAGAUUGUCAGCAACAGCCACCAAAAUCGUCAUUGGAACUAUCUGGGUGGUGGCUUUGUCCCUGGCCUUUCCACAGUGCUAUUACUCCAGGACAGAGCAGUUCCCAGGCAGGGUGGUAUGUUAUGUGGAUUGGCCCGAGAAUGCAGAGAAUGGCACAAGACACGAAACUACGUACCACGUCUGUGUCACAGCCCUCGUCUAUUUCCUGCCUCUGAUGGUGAUGGGCUAUGCUUACACUGUUGUUGGAAGGACUCUGUGGGCGAGUGAGAUUCCAGGAGAUUCCUCAGACAGGUACAGGGAGCAGAUGAAUGCCAAGAGAAAGGUGGUAAAAAUGAUGAUUGUGGUGGUAACCACAUUUGCCGUGUGCUGGCUUCCCUAUCACAUCUACUUCCUACUCUACCUCUUCCACCCUGAGAUCUACCAGAAGAAGUACAUCCAGCAAGUGUACCUGGCCAUCAUCUGGCUUGCAAUGAGCUCCACAAUGUACAACCCCAUCAUCUACUGCUGCCUCAAUGACCGGUUCCGGGCUGGAUUCCGCCGUGUUUUCCGCUGGUGUCCGUUUGUCAAAAACAGUGAUUACGAGGGGUUGGAGAUGAAAUCUACCAAGUACUUUCAAACUCAGGGCAGCAUGUAUAAGGUUAGCCGGAUGGAGACCACCAUAUCCACGGUCAUCAACCAGAAUGAGGACGAUGCCGAAGAGACCGUCAAGGCAACACACUUGUCACUGGACCUGACUUUGAAUGGAUCUUCACGCAGCAUCACAAAGACUGGGUCUGAGCCCUCUCGUGUCUAUGGCAGGCCAGAUCCCUAUUAA